CCCUAAUGUAAACAACAAGUUUGACGUUUCGCAAAGUUUGCAACCGUGUCCGGAAUUUAUGUGCAAGCAUUGAAAUAUUCUGCAAAAUAUAGCCAUGGGUCUGCUAGAGUUCCAAGCGGUUGUGCUGGCUGCUGGUAAGGGAAGUCGUUUCCCGGAGCUGCUCGAGGGACGACCUAAGUGUCUGCUGCCAAUCGGAACGUACCCCCUGAUAUGGUACCCGCUCAGGAUGCUCCAGCGACACGGAUUCCAGGAUGCAAUCGUGAUUGUGCUGGAACACGAAAAAAGUGAAAUACAGCAACGGAUUGAAAAAACGCAACUCAAAAUGAAGCUGGAGUUUUUCACGAUUACUGGAGAUUCAGACAUCGGAACUGCAGAUUCCCUCCGCAUGGUGGCAGAUAGAAUAAAAUCAGACGUGGUGGUAGUUUCUAGCGAUACCAUCGUUGAGCUAAGUCUUUAUCCGCUGUUGAAACAGUUCCGAGAACAGAGAGCUUCCUUCGUUAGUCUGUUGGUCCAGAAUGGUGGGCUGCAGAAGGUCACCGUACCGGGACCCAAGAUGAAGCACAAACUGGAGAGGGAUCUAUUCGGAAUCAACUCUCAAAACAAUCGCUUGCUGUUUAUGGGUUCGGAAAGCGACUUUGAGGAGAAUUUUACAAUAUCGGGACACUUGUUAAGACUUAACGAAGAAAUGGACAUCAGAAGCGGUCUGUUGGACACGCACAUUUAUGUAAUAAGUAAAUGGGUUUUUGAUUACCUUGAAGCAAGUACGGAUAUCUCCACCCUAAAAGGUGAACUGCUACCAUUGAUUGUGAAAAAGCAAAUGUCUUCCAGUUCCAAGGUACAAGCGAGCACGGAAAAACCAACAUCCGAGCAUAACGUAAACUUUGAGGCCCGAAACAUUCAUCACUAUGUUCCAAAUACCGAAAUGGAUCGAAAGAUAACUUCGUCUUCGAUCUUCAAUCAAGGUAGUGACCUAUUGGCAAACAAUCGAAUACGGUGCUAUGUAGUUAUCGCCCCGGAAAACAGUUUUGGCACACGUGUUAAUACGAUGGCUUCGUACUGGCGCGCAAAUCAACAAGUGAUGAAAUUUUUCCCCAGUGUUACUGAUCUUCCGGUUACAGCCUUGAAUGGAACCAAUUCAGAUAUUAAAUCAAAUCAGCUGAUGGAAUCUGCUAUCGGAGAACAGGCCAAAAUUUGCGAGAAAACUUCAAUCUCCGGAUCAAUAAUCGGAUCUCAUUGCACUGUCAAUCCCAAGUCACGCCUGAUUAACUGCACCCUAAUGGAUCAUGUGAGUAUCGGUGAAAAUGUGAUCCUCGAAAACUGCAUCGUUGGUGAAAAAACAAUCGUGGAGAGCGGAGUAACGCUGAAGAACUGCCUUAUCGGAUCCAACUAUACCGUGACCACCGGAUCGAAGAAAGAAAAUCAGCACCUCUCCAAUGCUGAAAGAUUUAUGGAAAUUUAAGAACAGUUGACAACUUUUUCAAUCACGGAAAUGCUUGGAAAUAAAGAAUCGAAGAAUAAUAAAAGCAGUGUUGUUGGAUGAAA